UCUCUCCUCAGAAGCCAUGGGGCACAUUCUUCCCAAGCUCUGCAACCUCACCCAGCCGGCGCUAUCCCUAGGGAAGAGGUGGGCGAAGUUCGGCCGCCUCCGGAGCAGGCGACUCUGGAAGACGGACGUGCCCAGUGGCCACUUUGUGGUCUACGUCGGCGAUCGCCGCCUCCGGCACGUCGUCCCCGUCUCCUACCUCCGCCACCCGAUCUUCCGCGAGCUUCUGGACAUGGCGGCAGACGAGUUCGGGUUCGAUCAGCAGGCGGGCCUCUGCAUUCCUUGCGACGAGCUGCUCUUCCACUCCCGCACUUCGCUGCUGGAGCAGAGUGGCCGGAGGACGUCCUGGGGGUUCUCGAAGAUGGUGAGGCUGUUGCUAUAACUGCGAGGGUCUUGAAAAAUAAUGGCAGUGCACCGAUUCUUGUACAGAGUCCUUGUGAGGGCAAUUCUGCAACUUUUAAACCAUUGAAUUUUCUGUAUUUUGCUAAGGAAAAUUCGAUUAUAUAUAUAUAUAUAUAUAUAUAUAUAUAUAUAUAUAUAUAGAGAGAGAGAGAGAGAGAGAGA